AUAUAAGCAUGUGAUUAGCACAGCCGCACUAUUUCAGCCUAUUUGUGCAUUUCGUUGCUCCUGCUUCGAGGGACUCGGCAACGGCAGCAGCUGUUUUCCACAAGGACACGGAGAAGCUGAAGGGGCCACACGAAGAUCUAGCAUGGAUAAGAAACUGGACCUCUCCAGGCUCACGGACGAGGAGGCCAAGCAUGUAUGGGAGGUCAUCCAAAGGGAUUUUGAGCUGAGGAAGAAAGAAGAGGAAAGACUCGGGACAUUGAGGACGAAGAUCGAGAAGGAGGAUACGAAGCGGGAGUUGCUGGGCUCUCAGUCUAACCUGGCUGAUUCCCACUGCAUCCACUGCUUGCAGCCCUUCAAGUUCCUGGUCAACAGCAGACGCCAGUGCCUGGACUGCCACCUGUACACCUGUAAGAGCUGCAGCCGCUACAGCAAGAAAGAAUGUGGCUGGGUUUGUGACCCCUGUCGAACGUCCAGGGUCCUGAAAAUCGGAACCCUCGGGUGGUACCAUGACAACAUACGCUCUCGCUUCAAACGUUUCGGCAGUGCCAAGGUGAUGAGGUCACUCUACAAGAGAUUAAAUGAAGAGGGUCGCCGUGACGAUGACACGCAAAGCAUGCCAGACGUCCGCAAUGCGUACAAUGGCCAUGAGGAUGACCAUAUGGAUGCAACAGAAGCCCAACGCUAUAAACAGAUGCGAAAGACAAAGCGUCUGCUCUCCGUCCACCCUAUGGACCUGGACAUAGACGAAUAUGGUAGCCACUCCCGGCGGCAGUCUAUGCAGUAUAUCCAGGAUGAGCGCGGACUGGUGCGCAACGAUUUCGAAUACACCCCCGACAUGUACCAUCACCAUCAACAUCAUCAUCGCGUGCAUCGCAGGAAGAGUCUUGACCGCUUCUCACGCCCAGAUGAUGGCCUUUACUCAGAGCACAGGAUGGUGCGGACUCGCUCUCUGUCCAAGAUCAACUCCUCCUUGCCUCAGCGCUCUCAGUACCUGGACACCUCUGAGGAGGAGGACGGGUAUCGCUUCCCCGUCUAUCAGCUCCCCUCACGCCGCCGCAGCCGUGCCUCGUCCCAGGAGAACAUCCCCCAGAAUGCUCCUCCGAUUAAUGAGCUAAGUAAGAGAAUGUCUGCCAUUGAGAGUCUCCUGAAUCGUCUGGAGGAGAAGAUGACCAUACCUCAUGAUCAGCCAGCCCAGCCCUCCGCAAACCAGAUGGAGGAGGAGAAGCUGAAGAAGAAGUUGGAUGAGCUGAUGAGUGACAAGGCUCUGUCUUCUGACGAAGACGAGCCCAAGAAACCAUCCCAGCACAAGGGCUCUGGUGUGAGAGGUGGUGAUCAGGGCCCACCGGCUCCUGUGGCACAGGAAGCAGAACUGAGCUCCUCCAGUGAUGAGAUGCCCACCGAAGCACAAAAGAGAUCCACUGCGGCGGCGCUUUGCGACAUCACAACUGAGGUUCUAAGAACCCUUAAUGCCACUGAAAGCGCUAUGACCGAGUUGGCCCCCUCAAACCCUAAUGACAGACCUCAGUUAGCGGGCACAGAUGUAAAGAAAGCUGAUGAUGCGUACAGGGAGCUUGAGGAAAAUGUGUAUCUGACAGCGGGGAAGUCCUUUGAUGUGGAGAGGAAGUUGAGGAAGAUUGAACAAAGUGCUAAGAACAAUUACAUUGGCCCCCUCACCGACUCUGAACUGUCUGAACUGGAGGACCAGCUUGCAGUAACCGCUGCAAAGGUCCACAGCACGGAAAGUGAGGUGUCGGAUAUUGAGAAUAAGAUUGCUGCUCUCAGUGCGUCAGGACUGUCCAUAGAUAAGGCCAAGAAAAAGGCAUCAAGCAUACAACAAAGGAGAAAAUUUUCCCAAGACGUCGCCACAAGCCGAACGCAUUUCUGAAAAACUGUGCUUUAUAGUUUUUAGCUAAAG